AUGGAGGCCCUGGGGCCUGGGCGCGACCGCGCCUCCCCAGCCUCGUCCACUCGCAGCCUGGACCUGCGGCGGCUGUCCGCGCGCGCCGACUCGGCCUACAGCUCUUUCUCCGCGGCCUCCGGCGCUCCAGAGCCGCGCACGCCGUCGCCUGGAACCGACCUCCUCCCUUAUCUAGACUGGGACUACGUGCGCGUGGUGUGGGGUGGCCCAGCCUCCGCCGCGCCCGCCGCCGGCCUUCGGGCGUCCCCGCAGCCCCGGCCCGCGGCCGCCGCGCGCAGUGGGCUGCGGCUCCCAGAGGUCCAGGGAACGUCGGGGCCGCUCAGCCGGCAGGCCACCCCGCUGCUGUUUGCUCUGGCGGCCGAGGCGGAGGCGGAGGCGCGGGCCGUCGAGCCGCCCAGCCCACCGGCCUCGCGGGCUGCCUACCGCCAGCGGCUGCAGGGCGCGCAACGGCGAGUGCUCCGGGAGACGUCCUUCCAGCGCAAGGAGCUCCGCAUGAGCCUACCCGCCCGCCUGCGGCCAGCUGCACCCGCGCGGCCCCCCGCGGCGCACCCGCGCUCCGCCUCACUCAGCCAUCCGGGCGGGGAAGUGGAGCCGGGGCGCUCUGGGGCUCCCUCGCGGGGACCAGUCGGCCGGGGGCGCCUAGCCACCCAGCAGCGGAAGUGGUGCUUCUCUGAGCCAGGAAAGCUGGAUCGCGUGGGUCAGGGUGGUGGAUCUGUGGGGGGAUGUUCGAGUGACGCCAGCUCCAGCUCUGGCUUUGCCGGGCCCGAGCCCCAGGAGCACAGGGUGCUGGCAGAGUUGGAAGAUCACCAGAUCAGAUGGCUGCCUGAGACGCAGCCUCGAAGUACAGAGGAUCCAGAACCGCGGUCCCUGAAGUUCGGUGACGCCCAUAGGCCUUCCAGUCGGAGUCGGAGCGCUUCAGGCGAAGUCUUGGCUCCCUGGGGAGGUUCAGGAGGGGUCACGCCCGUUGUUCAGGUUGCUCCCCAAGGAGCAGAAACCCCCAGACUGUUGUUUCAGACCAAACUUCCCAGGUUCCUGACUCAGAAGGAAGCUGCAGUGUUGUGUCCUGCCGAGUGCCUCCAGAGCAGUCCUGCAGACCGUGAACAGAGGGUCUCAGAGACAUGCCUUGGGUCUGCCCGACUCCCUUCCCUUCCUGAUGAUGAGGUUUUCCUGGAAGACGUCCCCUUGGUCAGAAUGAGAUCACCUCCAGACACCCAUGUGCCCACAGGAAACCCAACCAGUGUCCAUGUCUCUGACCAGCAGUAUGAAACCAGCUUGGGCCAGGGGGUUGACCAAGCUGGAGUCCCCCCAGAGCACCCCCUCCAUGAGCACCCAGAGACUGCAGGGGCAGAUGACAGCUGGCGGAGGAUAAAUGGUUCUGUGAGCAUUUCCAGGACUACAUGCUGUAGCCCCCCUGGGACUGCAAAUGGUGACAUUCCAACCUUCAACCCCACUGGACUGCUGACCAUUGACCCACUUGCAGCUACAGACCCCCUCAAACCUCUUCCAGUUGAUGCCCUGGAACCUCCAGGCAACAGUACCCCAGGUGCUCCUGGCCGUACUGCCCUAGCUUGGGGCACUGGCCAGCCUGUUUCCAGGCCAACAUGGCGCAGUCUGCGCCUUGAGGAGCUGGUUCAGGAGCUGGCCAGACUGGAUCCCUCUAUGAGUGACAUACUCACUUCCUGUCCCAGUCCAGAGCCACCCCUGGGUCUGCUAGAUGGGCUGAUUCCUUUAGCUGAGGUCUGGGCUGCGAUGAGGCCAGCCAGUGAGGAGGAUGGAAAGGACGCUGUUGGUACUCCUGAGCCAGGCUCUGGUUUUGUACCCAUGUGCUAUCUAUUUAGCUCCAGCCAGCUCCGGCCAACUUCUCAGAUGAGGUCUGAAAACCAUACCACCCACCCUGUGCCUGACCAACCCUGUGGUCAGGGUCUCCCUGAUCCAAACAGCAUCGAAGCCAAGAAAAUGGAGCUAGCCAGUCUCCUCCAAAAGAUGCUGCGGGACCUUCAGGCAGAACAGGAGCGGCUGCACCGGGUGGCCCAGGCUUGGGCCAGGCGCGGGGCUGCUCUGGAGGCCGCGGUGGGCCAGACCUGUGCACCCCGCGACCUAGAGCGGUUCAGCAGGUUCAUGGCCGACCUAGAGCGCGUGCUUGGCCUGCUGCUGCUGCUGGGCAGUCGCCUGGCCCGCGUGCGCCGCGCCCUGGCCCGGGAGGGCGCAGACGGCGACCCAGACGAGCAGGCCUCCCUGCUGCAGCGACUCGGUCUCCUGAAACGGCAGCAGGAAGACGCCAAGGAGCUGAAGGAGCACGUGGCACGGCGCGAGCGGGCCCUGCGGGAGGUGCUGGUGAAGGCCCUGCCCGCGGAGGAGCUGCGCGCCUAUCGCGCCUUGCUGGCGGGCAAGGCCGCCGUCCUGGCCCAGCAGCGCAGCCUAGACGAGCGGGUCCGGCUCCUUCAGGACCAACUGGACGCCGUCAGGAGCGACCUUGGCCGUCGUCCCCUGCCUCCCAGGAUGACCUUGCCCCCAGAGACCCGUUUUCUAGAUAAACCGUCCUUCCCUCCGCCCCUCAUCUAAUUACAGGCAGUGGGGGUGGGGAGCAUUUCUCUGCGCCUCACCGACGUAACUGGGGGUGACGCUUGUUUACUCGGUGCUUUUCCCUUGGGACGGGGAAGACCCUGACCGGGUCUUCCCAGAAUUCUUCUAAGUGUUUUCAUGUGGUCUUACCCAAGUCUUGUGAAUUAUUUGGUAAUUAAUUUAUGGAUUUUUACAACUGCAGUAUUUCCCCUUUUUGUGAUGAGAGACUCGGUCCAGGCUGGUUGGAGGGAGAGGAGACAAAUUAGAGGAGCAUUUAAAUUUAAGAUGCAAAACGGUCUUUUUACUUGUCUUUUCUUUCUUUUUCUUAAUAAUAAUUGAUGUGAGAAAUGUGUGUCACCUGGAGGGAUC